UAACUGUGACAACUCAUCAAUCAAAUUUUAGCAACUUUUCCAAAUUCCCAGUAAAAUGUUUGCCAAAUUCCCAGUGAAAGCGUUAGCAAGCCGAUCCAGACAGUUCAAUUCAACCGGCCCAAACCUCAACUCUAUCAAGCAAAACUUCGUGGUAACCAUUCUGGAUGGAGCCGACAAAAUGGGGCGAAACGUCGCCCUGCUGCUCAAACAAUGCCCUUUGAUAUCCGAACUGAGACUUUACGAUCGGGAUAAGUCGAUUUGCGUGAUCGCUGAAGACUUGAGCCACAUCGAUACCAACACGAAAGUGACGUCUUAUUGUGGCUUUGGCGUGCUAAAGCACGCCGUGCUGGACGCAGACUUGAUCCUAUCAGUGGGAGGCUGCAGGCAAAAGGCGCACGAAUGUGCCAGGCACCUUUUUGAGAAAAACGUGGACAAUGUGCGGAGCGCAGCCUUGCACUGCAUCGCGUUCAAUCCGAGGGCGAUUUUCUGCGUUUCCAACCCCCCAAUUGAGGCCUUUGUGCCUCUGGUUUCAGAGGAGUAUAAAAAAGCUGGAGUGUACGACGCGAGAAAAAUAAUCGGAAUCUCCUCAAUCGGUUGCAUGAGGGCAAAGUACUACGUCAGCCUGAUAAGCGGACGAGACCCUUCGAACGUUCGAUGCGCCAUAGUAGGCGGAAUAUCCAAGAACUGCCUGGUGGCCUGUGUUUCUCAAAGCCGACCAGAUAAAAUCCAUCCGCACUACCACAAGAUUAUUCAAGGCGCAAUCCACUUCGCAGAGGAUGAGGCGCUUAAAAUGCACGGCGAACAUGGAAGCGAGUGCUUGUCUUCUGCGCUAGCAGUUUCCCGGUUUGUUAACACGCAACUGAAGGCGCUGCGCGGCGAAACCAACUGCGUGGACUACGCUUUUGUCAAGCAACCUGCGCAUAUUGGCCUUGGCCACAUUUUACCGUACAUGACCACCAUAGUGCGAUUAGGGCGACACGGGGUGUUGUCUGCGCACAUGCCCAAAAUCAACGGGUUUGAAGCCCACUGCUUGAAAAGAGCCAGCAUGUUUAUCAGAGAAAACAUCCGUCUGGGAGAAUCAUUUGUUACUGGCGAGCAAAAGAAGGGCAAAAGCGCCGUCAAGAAAAACUAAUUUUUGCUCAACAAAUACCUUCAAAAAAUAAGGUAAAUUUUUCUCGAAUGACAAAUGUCAAUAAAAUGUGAAACAUUCCUUAAUUUUUUUGUGCGAAUUAUCAGUGAAAGUGAAAACUCCCAAACCCGUCGAUGUCUUAUCCAGAUCCUGACGUUCCUUUGUACUACCCGGAGGAAUACGAGUAUGAGGGGUACUUUGAAAACGAGCUGAAAAACCUCCAGAGCCCCGUCUACAAGACAAAAUCGUUGGAUUGCAAGCGCCACAAACCCACCAUGCUGCCCACUAUCAACUACAUUAAUGAGCGAAAAUGCCCGAUUUACGUGCACAACAUCCGUAAGGAUUCAAGCAUUUACAACCACUACAAUCAGAAGUUGACCACCGCCAGAAAACCGAGUGAAACUGAAAAACCCACAGCCAAUAAACUGGUGCUGGAUAAGCUGGAGGAAACCUACUGGUCCACCUGGCGGCCCAAGAAAGAGAACCGACCGGUUGGGCGAAAAGGGUUUAUAGGACUGAGCGACUCAAAACCCCCGUUUCUUGAACACAAAGCUGUUUUAGUUGGCCCCAGAGCCCCCAACAAAGCCCAUGGGGACAUUAACGACAACAUAAUCAAGUAUUUCAAAGCCAAACGGUUUGAAUCGGGCAGCACGACGGAUUCGGUUAAUCAAGCAAAAGAGCCAGUUCUUCAACCUCCGAUUUCUAACUCAAUGUCGCAAGAAAUCCAAACCGAAGUCCACUGCGCGGUUAUUUUAGAAGACUGCCCUAAGAAUGUGGAGGAAGUACCAAGCUCCGAGCUUCCGGCUGAAGAAGCAAAACUUUCUAAGCCUCCGAAAGGGAAGAACCAAAAGAAACUCCUUAAACCCAAACCGGAAAAAUCGAGCAAGAAUCCAAAAGCAUUGGCAGAUCCAGACCAUUCCACUAGUUUCAUCGCGCACAAAGACUCCAUGGAAAUCAUCAAGACAAAACAGGAAAAAGCCGACUGUAAAGAGCGGGUUCAGCAGCCCAAGUCCAUCAGAUUAUUCAGGAAAUCUAGAGUUUCAGCAGGUUACAUCAAAGGAGGGACAUACCCAUUGAAGUCCUGCUUAAAAAAGGCGGACUCUCCCUUAGGCAACUUCAAGUUGGGGCCGCCAGGCAGCCCACUCUUUGUUACAACCGGCUCGUUUUCCAAUAGGAAGAAAAAAUAAAGGCCUUUGAAAAAUCCUAA